CCUUACCAUACCAAAAAUAACGCAAACAGAAAUAGACGAACGUAUUACUGACUCGUUUCGUUGGACGAAACUUCCAGACGAAAUAGAUUUCAGUAGCUUAAACGUUACCAGUAGCUUCGAGUGUCGUCGACGUGCGCCGUGUCACUCGGAAUAUACCUUUAAUUAAAAUUCAUAAAGAACCAUCCAAAUUCUCCAUACCUCAAGUAAUCGAAAAAGAAACCAAAACCAACUCAACCCUUGAAAUAUCGGUGAAUGAAAGAACUUUUCAUUCAAGAAUAUCAAAAACUUUCAAACUCCUGCCCAUCGUUAGGAGUAUCUAAUAAAUAGUGAAUAAUUUGUAAAUAAAAUAUAAUGAACAAUCGUGAAUCAAUUUUAAAUAAUAUAUUAUAGUGUAAAAAUUAAUUUAAAGAAUAUUAAAAAUGAUCAAGGAAGAAGGAAACGAAAUCAGUGAUUACUUUAGCUCGAAUUUCUCCGAGCUACAAAAUGCGAUCAGCCCUCAAGAGAUGAAAAAAUUCAGAGCCUUAGAUAUUAAUUCUGAAAGGAUUGCAUUUUUAUUGAGAUACCCCGAGACUCACGUUCUGACCUCAGAUGUGCCUGAUGAAAUGCUGAAGAGCAGCGAGAAAGCUAUUCAACUUAAAGAUAUUGGGAAUAAAUAUUUUGGACGCGGUGAAUUUGUUAAAGCGCUGGAAACUUAUUCGAAUGCUGUCCUGUUAGCACCUCGAAAAGAUUUGGGUGUAAUAUUGGCAAAUCGUUCGGCGACGCUUUAUCAUCUGGAGAAACACGAUUAUGCUUUGACAGAUGUACGGGAAGCUUUACGCGCUGGUUACCCCCACGAAUUCCUAUACAAGCUCGAAGAAAGACGGGCUAGGUGUUUGCUAGCUUUAAAAAGACACGACGAGGCUAUCUUAGCAUUUAGAAGCGCGUUAAAAGCUCUGGAUAAUGCGAAAUUACCUUCAGAAAAAAAGCAGAAGCUGGAGUCGGAUAUGAGGGUGAUGCUUGCCAUAAUGGAAAAGGGUAAUCAAUUAGCUCAAAAAGCGCCCAAGGUUACCCAGAAGAAGGAUAAAAUUAAUGAGCAGAAGAAAUCGGUCGCCAAAAUCGAAGAUGUCAAUCCUCUGUAUCUCUCUUGCAGCAAAGCUGUUGAAAUAAAAGAUGAAGGUGGUGAUAUAGGAAGACACGCUGUUGCUACUAGAAAUAUCGAACCUGGUGAAAUACUUGCCGUAGAGAAAUCACAUUGUUCGUUUAUUCUAGCGGAAUACAGACUUACGCAUUGUCACCUCUGUAUGAGCAAGAUAUUCGUGCCAAUGCCAUCCAAUUGCCAAGUAUGCAGUUACCUAGCUUAUUGCAGUACUUCCUGCAGGGAUGCGGAUCAAAAAGUACACAAAAAUGAAUGUACAGUACUACCCAGUUUAUGGAUGUCAAAAACUUCUGUCACGUGUUUCUUAGCUUUAAGGACAAUCACGCAAAGGCCCUUCGAAGAAUUGAUUAAAUUAAAGGAUAAGUUAAAAUCUUCAAAGGGUAGAUUCGAAGUUUCAGCACAACAACCAUAUCGAGCUGAUGAUUUCGAAGCCUAUUACGGAUUAGUAACCCAUGAAGAAGAAAGAACGGCUGAAGAUGUUCUCCAUAGAACUUACAUAGCUGUCUGGUUACUGAGGUUGUUAAAAGCAGGCCCUUAUUUUCCGGAAGAUGUUAAAACUCCAGACACAGCAGAAGCAAAGCCAUCCGAGGGUGAAUUGUUCAUAGGGGGUCUAAUUUUACAUAGUUUAAUGUUGCUGCAAUUCAAUGCUCACGAGAUAUCAGAAUUAACAAUACCAAGAGGCGAAAAAACGUUGGCAAAAGCUAAAAGUAUUUUCAUAGGGGGUGGUAUCUUUCCGACGAUAGCACUGUUUAAUCAUUCAUGUAAUCCUGGUAUCAUUAGAUACUUCGUCGGUACUACUAUGAUUGUUCGAGCAGUCCGUUCAAUUGCCAAGGGGGAAGACAUCUCUGAAAAUUAUGGUCCAAUUUUCACUGUAAUUCCUGAAGCUGAACGAAAAAGGACACUAAGAUGGCAAUAUUGGUUCGAUUGCAACUGCGAAGCCUGUACGGGUCAUUGGCCUGUUUUAGAAGAAAUUGAUCCAACGAUUUUAAGAUUUAAAUGCGAGACUGGAGCAGAAUGCGGCAAUAUUCUACCUGUAAGAACUGAUACCAACGAAUUCAUGAUCAGAUGUCUAAAGUGUGGCAAGAAUACGAAUAUUUUGAAAGGUUUAAAAGCUUUACAGGACACUGAUGUACUUUUCAAAGUUGCUUCUAAUAAUCUUGAAGAAGGGAACCACGUUGAAGCGUUAGAAUCCUAUUUGAAGAUUUUAAAACUUUUAGAUGAAACUCUUGCUUUGCCUAUCAGAGAUUAUCAUAUUUGCCAGCAGGGUGUUCGAUUAUGUAUGCUUCCUCUAGGUAAUUGCAGUUAUGUUUAAGGUGAUGCGAGCGUCGAGGCCGAUCUUCGAAUUCCGCGUCGGUAAAACAGGCCAUGUUUGAUCGAAAACUGAACAGAAACUGAUUUAAGCGCCACCUGAAUUAUUGCAUCCAACUAACGGCAUGAUAUACAUACUACGUUACCUUUCGCAAAUACCUAAAUGACACAUGUAUGAUGUAUGUAUAAGUACAUAAUUAAACAAUACUGACCAUCCAUUCAUUAUUAUUAAUUUUCUUUCCGUAAAAUUGUAUUUGCAAUGUGGUACACUUCAGAAUCUUAAAGACAUAGUUCCUGAAAAAAAAUAUAACAGCGAUUAAAUAGAA